AGAGGAGGCGGAGGAAGAGGCGGUGCGGGGGUGGCGGUGGCGGCGGUGAGAGCGGCCGGUCCCAGCAUGGCGGGCUGCAGGCGGCUGAGCGGCUCGUGCCUGCGCGAGGUGCUGGGCGAGGCGCAGGGCGUCCUCUUCGACUGCGACGGGGUCCUGUGGACAGGCGAGCGGGCGGUGCCCGGCGCCCCGGAGCUGCUGGAGCGCCUCAGCCGCAACGGCAAGGCCGCCCUCUUCGUCUCCAACAACAGCCGCCGCUCGGUGCCCGAGCUGGAGCGCCGCUUCUCCCGCCUGGGCUUCCGCGGCGUCCGCGCCGAGCAGGUCUUCAGCUCCGCGCUCUGCUCCGCGCUCUACCUCCGGCAGCGCCUGCUGGGCGGCGAGAGCGGCUCCGGAGACUCGCCCCCCACCGGCUGCGUCUUCGUGCUGGGCGGGGAAGGGCUGCGCGGGGAGCUGCGGGACGCCGGGCUGCGCCUGGCGGGCGAAGGAGGCGGCGGAGACGACGACGAGGAGGACCCGGCCGGCCACGAGAGGCUCCCGGUGCGCGCCGUCGUCGUCGGCUACGACGACCAGUUCACGUUCGCCAAGCUGACCGAGGCCUGCGCCUACCUGCGAGACCCGCAGUGCCUGCUGGUGGCCACCGACCCGGACCCUUGGCACCCGCUGAGCAGCGGGCAGCGCACCCCGGGUGAGUGACGGGGAGCGGGGCUCCAACACGGAGCCUCUGCGGCGCCUGGUGGUAGCAGGAGGGAUGGGUUCCUGAGCAUGAGCAGAGCUCCCUUUCCCGUCAUGGCCGAGGGACGGUAGUUUGCCCUGUUCCCUCCCCUCCGCCCGCGCUUUCCUUAGCUUUGGAGUGGGAUUUCCAAACCGACAGGACAAGGAGCCCAGGGUUUUUUAAGUAAGGUCUGGAACCUCAGCUGGCGAACUUUAGGGUGUGCCCUGGGUUCAGAUGGCAAGCACUUGUGACUGGUAAGGGACGCCUCAAAAAUCUUAGAAUUGAGGUAGUGCUUCUUAAGCCUUAUGGGGCUUGUUCCCAUGUUGCUGUGGUUCAAACGGAACAAUACGCUGUCUCACUUGUAGUAUUUUUACCAUAGAUGCUAAAGCUGAGGCUGAACUCUUAUGGCUUACUUAGACACCUCGUGAGUUGAGCUAGGGUUUGAAUCUAAGUCCAUAGACCACCCUUCUUGGGUCAAGGGUUAAGGAUGGUUCUCCAAAAGGGUCAGGUGUCCUUUUUCCUAAAAUACCAGUUAAAGGAACACUACCCUUGUGUCCCACUGCUGGCAUCUGUGGAGCCUCUUAGGAGCAUCCUGGACUAAGGAUAGUAUUCCCUUCUGGGUCUGGGAGGAACUCCUGGCCGUGUAUUAUGUCGUCAGUGGUCAAGCACUAUUAGUCUGAGAGCCCAUUCCUGUAUCCUGCUCAUCGGAUGGUAAAAUACAAUGUCUGCCAAGUAUGGGGUCCUGUAAAGCUAUGUGAUACGUGGCACAUCCCAGGUACCUAUAUUCUUGGUAGGCUGUUUGGGUUGCUAGCUAGAUCUGCAGUAUUAUGGUGCCUUACAUUAAUCAGUAUUGUGAGUUAGCCAUGCAGUUUCUCAAACCAUCAUGAGUAGCCAUCCACUUUCCUUCACCUGUGCAUCAGGCUCUGUGUGACAGUGCAGGCCGUCUUUUCUCAGGUCUUUUCUGUAUCUUGGGGAAUCCCAAACCUAGAAUCUAUUAAGCAUUGUAAGGGAACUAAAAAAAAAAGUGCUACAAUUCCAUUAGUUGGCUUCAGGUUCCUGAUUUUAUUUCCCCAGACUUCCUAGUGCCACACUUGUGAGGCAGCUGACAUGUCUGUUCAUUCUUUAUUUGGAAAUAUUCACUGUUAACUUCAACAGUAUCCCAAAUGUGACCAGUUUACAUCCCACUUUGUGCCAGUGCUAAUCAAUCAAAGGAGAAGCUUACUGGUAGUCAUACAGGACAAUGUGGAAGUUACAUGACACAAUGAAAGGAAAUUCAAAUAUCUAGCCUAAUGCUAGAAAUGUGUUCUUUCCAUGAACUAACACACCAGCAGGGGGUGGAGUAGAAUUUCUUUUCAUCAAGGCCUUGGAGCCAGCUCUCUCAUCCUGGAUAGAGUUUGUGCUUUUAUCCUUGGACUAGGAUUUAAGUUCUCGGACUAGGGUUUAAGAUGUGCAGCAGCCUUGUAAUAAGCCCACAAAAGUUACUAUCCUGCUGAAGACUCUCAAAGGAGAGAUAAAGAGCUCUGUCCUUCCUCCACCAGCUCACUGCAUUUCUAUCCUGGGGAUGGAGGUGGGACCUUCCCUUGUCUUGCAGUCUGCUUGGUUUUUAUGUCUGGCACAUAGGAGGGAUGGAGUGCUAUGCCUCUCCUUCACCUUUCUGCUAGAUCACAUGCAUUCAAUUCCUUGUUGCAUUUGGCUACCAAGCAAGUGCUUAUCUCCAACACUGAGGCUGAGGUCAUAGUGUGUUGGGCUGCACAGGUUGACUGCAGGUGGGGACUGCAUGGUUGAAUUCUCCUCCAUGCAAUUGGAGGAGCAUUCAGUGAUGCAUGUCCCCGUCUCCUAAAGGGUAUUAUCAGUUGCAGAGUUACCACCUCAUUGAGACAACUAUGCCUGUUCAGUCUCACCAUUUGGAGGCUUAAAAAGUUGCUCUUUUGCACAUCCUUUGUCAACCCAAUCUAGCUUGAUUGCAUAAAUAUGUAGGCUAUGCUUAAGUUGCUUAAUGAAUUGGAGACCAAUCUUUUCACAUGAGGGUGUCUUAUUGUCUUUUCUCUCUCAGGAACAGGGAGCCUCACUGCUGCAGUUGAAACAGCAUCUGGGCGCAAGGCAAUGGUAAUUGGGAAGCCCAACACGUAUAUGUUUGAGUGCAUUGUGGAGCGCUUUGGUGUGGAUCCGUCCCGCAUGCUCAUGGUGGGUGACCGGCUGGAGACAGAUAUCCUGUUUGGCAAGAACUGUGGCCUUGAAACGGUCUUGACCCUGACGGGCGUCUCAAACCUAGAGGAGGCACAGGCAUACAUGGCCAGCGACAGCCCUGCUGCAAAGGACCUGGUGCCUCAUUAUUAUGUGGACAGUAUUGCAGACUUAAUACCCGGCCUGGAUGAGUAAGGGGAGAUGUGGGUGGGCAGAGUUCCUAGUCCCAUUCCUGAUUGCCGCCCGUUCCUACUUCUGCUCCCUCUCUCCUUGAUUCUGGGCUCAUCACAUUCCAGUGUUUCUUCAAGAAUGAAGAGAGGGGUGUUAGUUCAUUAUUUGAGGUCCUUUUGUUUUACUUUAGCCAGCUAUAAGGGAACAGAGAAUCUUAUGUGAAAGUGGGUUAUUUAUAGGCCGAACCAUUAUUUAUUUAUUUCCCCCUCCUCUUGGCAUGAAGUAGUUAUUUAUUUAAAUUAUCUUGGUUUUACUGUUGCCACUAGUGGCCUUCUUACUGUUGUCCUCAGCUUUUUUUUCUUUUCUUUGAAGCACAGCAAUGUGCUUGCUGUAAUGUUUGCUGUUCCCAAGCUUGAAUGAAGCAACGUUUGUACCGGUACUAUUUAUCUCUCUUCUAUAGCCACUGUCAUUCCAUGCUAGUGUUGGGGUAGCGGGGUUUAUCCCAGAACUCUUGCUGUGAAAAGGGGAGCAUUCAAAAUCCAGUUCAGAAGUAACACAGUGCUUCUACAGAACAGCUCUUCGGGGGAAAUAAUUCCUGUGGGUGUAUAUACAAGCUUAUCAUAACACUACAACUUGCUCUGAAGUGAUAAGGGCUGAGGGUAGGUUUCUGAUGGAUGUUACAUGUUUGAUCCACUCAAACUUUGUCUGGCAUUUUCAUCCACAGGAAUUACUCCAAAAGGGCUGUGUUGUGCAGGUGCCAGCUAGCUCAGUCAGAAAGCACAUGUGUGGUAAAUCUGGAAUAUGUAAAACUCUUUUAACUGUGAAUUAAAUAUGAAAGUGGUUUUUUUUCUGUCUUGAGAGUUUUCUCAGGUGACAGAAUUUUUAUCACUCCAGUUUAAUUUUGGGAUUGCUGCUGUAAGGAAUGAAAUGCACAGAACAAUUUUUUGUGCCCAUGAAGUUCUGAAUUGGCUGUCACUUCGUCUUGGUAAUCCUUCAGUAAUAACAGCCUCCAGAUAUUCCUGCCUGUAUUGAGGUAGGAACCCAAUGUGUUUUCCCCCACCCCCUUCUCUCUGACUGGGUGGACCAAUGAAACAUGUCAGUAAAUUAAUUCACUCCUGUCUGUGCCUGAUAGGAUUCACCACUCUCCUGGGUGGGGGGUGAACCUUGGUCCGCCCUCUGACCUGCUGUGGUGUUCUUUGAUUUGUGGGAUAGCGUUGGCAUUUCCAGUGCUGUCAAUGUGCCACAGCAUCCCAAAAUAAGUCCUUGCUUGUCUUUUUAUGGUUUAUUAUGUAUUUAUUAAAGUGUUUGUAUAAAUUAUGCUGAUGAGUUGUGCCAAAGUGGGUAUGUAGCCUCUGGGCCCACUCACUUACCUGUACCUCCAUGUUGUUGUGGUUCUCUGACAUUCGCUGUCAUUCUGCACAUAAUAAAAUGCAGGCACAAGAUGGAAUCUGGCUUUUUCCCCCAUUAAUCUACUCAGUGGGCAUGCUGGAAAUAUCUCAAAUCAGGGAUAGCUGUGUAUAAUGACUGAAUAAAUUAGUUGAUUAUCUUAAUACACAUUAUCUUUUCAAACUGGGGGAGGGGGGAGAAGGUGCUGAAAUUGGACACAACUUCUUACCAAGCAAGGGUGUACUUGCUGAUGAGCCCUGUUUCAUUUUAGAAAUGCAAAUAAUCUGCCUGACAUAAUAUCUGAGAAGCUGAAUUGAGGCAAAUACAAAACAUCACUCAAGUUUUAGAGUCAGUGUGAACUGGAAGGUGGUUUGUUUGUUCUUUGGUAGUGAAGCCCUUCCAAGACUUGCUGUGACUUUGCUUAGAUUCUUGAUGUGUGUUAACUUACAGCUCUUCCUGAUUUCUAAUUAAAAUUCCUUCCAGAC